CGGAGGUGGGGGCCUCGCUGCACAACCGAUAUCUGGCCUCGGCACUGCCUGCCCGCUCAUGGUCGACAGGGUCGAGUCCUUCUUCGACCAUGUAUCCGGCUCGCUCAGGUACGUGAUCGUUGUCGACGACGAUGACUAGCCUGUCACUGACGAUAUGCACAGUGGGGCCGGAGACAGAUUCACAGGCAUCGUCGGAGAUGCGUUCGCAGGCAUGGGCAACAUGGUCUCCGACAGCAUACAUGGAGGGGUUGGAGAGGCGUUUACGGGCGUCUUCGGGGGCAUAGGUGACAUGGCCUCCGAUGCGGCCUGGUUCAUGUAUGACACCAGUCGGCGGUUCAUCCCAGUCACCACUGCAGACGCCGACCCGGUUCCUCUCCUCCCUGACGCCUUCGUCGACGACCCAGGAGACCCGUAUGCGGCCCUGUUGACCGGCUUCCAGGAAGACGUGCGCAAGUGGAGCACAACGACGGACAUCAUCGUACCACCUAUCUUCGAUCUCGCGGAUUGGACAACGGAUUUGAUCGUGCGGCCUCCCGGAGACAUCAUCGUUUGGGUCCCGCAAACCUUGCGGACCUGUCUCUGGGCCGAGCGACCGCGGAGAAACACAUCACCACCCGAGAUCGAAGACAGCAGCUCUGCUUCCACAUCUGAGACACCGUACGCCGUCAAGAUCGCGCGUACGGUCGUCGAAGGCUUCCAGGAUCGUCACCACGCCGGUUCUCGUCGGGCAGCUCACGCGCUUGUCCUGUUCUACACCGUGGUCAUCGCGUAUGUCGCCGUCGCUACUCUCGAACCUGUUAGGACGGCGUGGCGGACCUCACUCGUGGGUCACCUCGGGUUGCCUGCCAUCUUUGGAUUCGUCAUGCGUAGCCUAUAUUCGUCGAUGCUUUUUAUGGCCUCGCUCAAGGGAAUGCCGGCAGACGAUCACGUCCAGCGCAUGGCCGAUCUCACUCGGCAGACCGUUCGUCAGCUUCGCAGGGCCGCUAGCCAGGACCACGCGCUCAUCAGCGGUCCUCGUCCGCUCAUUGCAUACGACCUCGCGAACUACACCCCGGCUCCACGUCUAGCUCUUCGGCCUUUGCUCGUCGUCUUCCGGGACGGUCCAGUCCCUAUACCUGUCGCUAUCCCUCGCUCAGCCACUCGUUCGCGCACGUUCAGCGCGAUGACGUUCAUGGAGGCCCGCCAGGCAGCCCCUUCGGGUAGUGGACCUCUUACGAUGACGUCUAUCAUAGAGGAGGACGUGCCUGCGACCACGAUGAGAUACGCAAAGCGCCUCUUGCGCCGCCAACAGCCUGGCCUUGAGCUGUUUGGCCUCUGGAAGCGCCGGGUCCACCGCCACGCCGAGCUGCGCGCGCUUCGCGACGAGAUGGGUGAGGACACUGCCCUUCGGCACGCACAGGAGGGACGGAAGAUCCUGCAGCAGAACCUAAGAUCCAUGUGGGCCGCUGGUGGACGGUUGGAGCGUGCAUCUGUAGAUUCCGUGCAGUAGACGCACAAUACGUUCUCCACUCACCGCGGAGAUCCAUCGACUCGACACACCCUAUCAUUAUACGUCUAUCUAUUCCGUGUUACCUUC